UCCUGUUAGUGCAAGGUAUCUCUAGCAACAAAGGCAGUUCAGAACCUGAGUUGGAUACAGUAAUGGCAGACGAGGUUGUUCUGUUGGAUACAUGGGCCAGCAUGUUUGGGAUGAGGGUUAGGAUUGCAUUGGCAGAAAAGGGUAUUAAGUACGAAUGGAAGGAAGAGGAUCUGAGAAACAAGAGCGCUUUACUUCUGCAGAUGAACCCUGUUCACAAGAAGAUUCCAGUUCUUAUCCAUAAUGGGAAACCCAUCUGCGAAUCUGCAAUAAUAGUGCAGUACAUCGAUGAGGUCUGGAACCACAACCCUAAAAUCAUGCCCUCUGACCCAUACGAAAGAGCUCAAGCUAGAUUCUGGAUGGAUUACAUUGAUAAAAAGGUGUAUGAUACAUGGAGGAAACUGUGGCUUUCUACUGGAGAGGAGCGUGAGACAUUGAAGAAGGAGUUUAUCUCUAUCUUUAAGCAACUGGAAGAGACACUUGGUAACAAACCUUUUUUUGGGGGUGACAUGUUUGGCUUUGUUGAUGUUGGUCUGAUCCCUUAUUAUAGUUGGUUUUAUUCGUAUGAGACGUAUGGUAACUUCAAAAUGGAAGAAGAAUGUCCUAAACUCAUAGCUUGGGCCAAGAGAUGCAUGGAGAGAGAGACAGUGUCCAAAACACUUCCUGAUGAAAAGAAGGUUUAUGCUUUUAUCGACGGAAUAAAGAAAGUCCUUGAUUCAAAAUAGAGGAGUUUCAUGAACUAAUCAAAUCAAAAUUUGCACUUUAAAUAUGGUACUAAAAGGUCUUGUAUAAUUUUAGCUUGGGUUUUUUCUGUCUUGGGUGAUUUAUGGUUUGAUGGACACUUUGGUGUGUCUGCUCUGUUUUAGAUUAUGGGAAGAUAUGAAUGUUGUUAAGUGUGCAAUUACAAUCAAUAAAACCUCUUUCUAUUAGUUGUUC